GGAAUGACUCACAGGCACGGGUGCUCAGGUUCCCAUAGGUGAGGGACUGACUCCCCUCUCCGGAAAAACGCAGUGUGCUUUCCUCCUGGAGUGGCCUUGGCAGGGUGCUGGAACGCUCGGUCUGCCCGGUCUGGUCUCUGGGGCCAGGGCUGGGUUUCCCUCAUGUAUGGCAAGAGCCCUAUGCGUGCUGUGCUUUUUCUCCUCGGCAUACAGCUCACAGCUCUUUGGCCAAUAGCAGCUGUGGAAAUUUACACUCCCCGUGUGCUGGAGGCUGUCAAUGGGACCGAUGUUCGGUUAAAAUGCACUUUCUCCAGCUUUGCCCCUGUGGGUGAUGCUCUAACAGUGACCUGGAAUUUCCGUCCUCGAGAUGGGGGGCCUGAGCAGUUUGUUUUCUACUACCAUGUGGAUCCCUUCAGACCCAUGAGUGGGCGUUUCAAGGACCGGGUGGUCUGGGAUGGGAACCCUGAGCGGUAUGAUGUCUCCAUCCUCCUCUGGAAGCUACAGUUUGAUGACAAUGGGACAUACACCUGCCAGGUGAAGAACCCACCUGAUGUUGAUGGGCUGAUAGGGGAGAUCCAGCUCAGCGUUGUGCACACUGUACGCUUCUCUGAGAUCCACUUCCUGGCUCUGGCCAUUGGCUCCGCCUGUGCACUGAUGGUCAUAAUAGUAAUUGUGGUGGUCCUCUUCCAGCAUUUCCGGAAAAAGCGACGGGCUGAAAGAGCUCAUAAAGUGGUGGAGAUAAAAUCAAAAGAAGAAGAAAAGCUCAACCAAGAAAAAAAGGUUUCUGUUUAUUUAGAAGACACAGACUAACAUUAUUAGAUGGAAGCUGAAGAUUUCCAAGAACAAGAACCCUGAGAUAAGUUGGAGUUAAUGGAAGCUUUUCUUUGGGUUUUCCAGUUGUGACCUGUCUUCCAACCAGCUCUGCAGUAUAUAACCACCUAGACAAGCAACGUUCCU